AUGGCUGCAGAAGCGAGAAAAGCAUUGGAGGCGCUCAUGGGGUCAGAAUAUGCUAGUGGUGCAGCUGAUAACCUAAAGUUUUGGGAAAAUGAAGUCUGUAGAAAUUAUCUUUGUGGCCUUUGUCCGCAUGACUUAUUUACUAAUACUAAAAUGGAUCUCGGUGCGUGUCCCAAAAUGCAUUCUGAACGUUUAAAAAAUGAAUAUGAAGAGGCUAGAGCACGAAAAGAAUAUAAUUUUGAGGCAGAAUUCGAGCGUAAUCUCGCGAAUUUUGUGCAAGAUUGUGAUCGAAAGAUUUCUAGCGCGCAGAGACGUCUAGACAAGACUCCGGAGGACAGUGCAAAAACUACAAAAUUGGCGCAAGAAAUCUCUGAUUUGGAUAGUGACAUCGCAGAAUUGACCAAAGAAGUCGAAGUUCUUGGUGAGGAGGGAAAAGUAACCGAGUCACUGAAAAUAUUACAAGAUGUGGAAGUAAAGAAAGCGCUUAAACUUGAGAAGGAGAAAGAACUCAAGAACUCGGUAGAAGGAGGAGGACCUUCUCAGCAACAAAAAUUGCGCGUCUGUGAAAUUUGCAGUGCUUAUUUGUCUAUUUUUGACUCUGAUCGACGACUAGCUGAUCACUUUGGAGGCAAAAUGCAUAUUGGCUACUUGAAAAUACGCGACUUAUUGAAAGAGCUUCGAGAGAAAAAUAAACCACGAACUGAUACUAGAGACGAUUCGCGUCCAUCAUAUAACAAUGACCGCGAGGAGAUCGAGGAAGACACGAUUAUGAACGCCGUGGCUCAUAUGACCAUCGAUCACGAUCGCGAUCUCCAGAUAGAGAUAGACGCCGAAGACGUUCUCGAUCUCCACAAAAUCGAAGGAGAACAUACUCUCACUGCCUUUGAUGAAAUGAGUGAUCAAAUGGACGUGUCUGUUGAAUCAACGCCUGUUGAACAAGACAGGUCGAUGUCUGAUGUAGAAGAAACCCCAACCCUUGUAACAGACUAUGAAGCCUUCGCUAAUAAGCUCCUCCCCGAUCUGGGAUACGAAGUAGAAGAUUUUCAAUAUAGCACAUGGCAUAUUACUGGAUGGAAGUCUUUGGAGAAAAGAAUUACAGGGCCCGAAUUUGAGGCUGGUGGCUGGAAAUGGCGUAUCUUGCUUUUUCCAUUUGGGAACAACAAUACAGAUACAGUAUCGAUAUAUCUUGAUUUUGCUGAUCCCAAAGGUGCGCCACCAGGCUGGCACUCGUGCGUUCAAUUUGGUUUAGUUUUAUGGAAUCCAGAUGACCCAUCAGAGUAUGUAGAACAUAAUGCUAAUCACAGGUUUACGGCGGAGGAAUCGGAUUGGGGAUUUACACGAUUUUACGAAAUGAGAAAAUUAUAUACACCGUCCGACAAUCGCACGCGCCCGCUGAUUGAGAAUGAUUCAACGAAUAUCACGGCUUUUGUACGAGUCUUGAAAGAUCCGACUGGCGUCUUAUGGCAUAAUUUUAUCAAGUAUUUGAACUCGUUUCUUUCAUUCAUUCGCUCCUUAAAUCCAAACUGUCUGCUUUGGGCUAUACCUUCAAUACUUCUGGCGUUGUUGUUAACCUCUGCAUACAGUUAUGAUUCAAAGAAGGAGACUGGCUAUGUAGGCCUCAAGAAUCAAGGCGCCACCUGCUACAUGAACUCCCUGUUGCAAUCCCUGUAUUGUACAAAUUAUUUUCGGAAGGCCGUGUAUAAAAUUCCAAUCCCAAAUGAUGAACCCGUAAAGAGUGUCUCCUUUGCGCUUCAACGAGUCUUUUACCUGUUGCAAACAUCAGAUACUCCCGUCGGUACCACAGAACUCACAAAAUCAUUCGGUUGGGAUUCAUUGGAGUCGUUUACACAGCAUGAUGUUCAAGAAUUGAAUAGAGUUCUGCAAGAGAACCUCGAAGAAAAGAUGAAGCAUACCGAAGUGGAAGGUGCCAUAACUAAGUUAUUCCUUGGAAAAACGAAGAGUUAUAUUAAAUGUGUCAAUGUAGAAUUUGAAUCGUCGCGUGUUGAAGAUUAUUACGAUCUUUCAUUGGUGACAAAAGGCUUUAAGACUUUAAAGGACUCAUUUAACGAUUAUAUUAAAGAGGAAACAUUAGAGGGGGAAAAUCGAUAUAGUGCUGAAGGUUUUGGUCUACAAGAUGCUAAAAAAGGAGUAAUAUUCGAAAGUUUUCCUCCUGUAUUGCAUUUGCAUCUGAAAAGAUUUGACUAUGACCUGCAAAGAGGCAUUAUGAUUAAGAUUAAUGAUCGUUAUGAAUUUCCUAUGGAAAUUGACCUUGAUGAAUAUUUAUCUCCAGAAGCAGAUAGAUCUAAACCACCAAAAUAUUUAUUACAUGGCGUGUUAGUUCAUAGCGGUGAUUCUCAGGCGGGUCACUAUUUCGCUCUGAUAAAACCAGAAAAAGACGGAAAAUGGCUUAAGUUUGAUGACGAUCGUGUAACUCCUGUAACAGAAAGAGAGGUCUUGGAAGAUAACUACGGAGGAGAGAUCACCUCCAAUCCACAUCCCAUUCGACCAGCUGGUCGCAAUAAUAAACGCUUUACUAAUGCAUAUAUGCUGAUAUAUAUUCGCGAAGCUGAUAUCGACGAAAUCCUCGCUCCUGUUCUCCCCGAAGAUAUACCACCACAAUUGCAGAAACGUCUCGAUGACGAAAAAGCUGCUGCUGAACAGAAGAAAAAGGAGCGAGAAGAAAUGCAUUUAUAUCUAAAUGUUAAGAUUAUAUCAGAUGAGUCAUGCAGAACACAUCAAGGAUUUGAUCUCGCCAACUUUGACGAUCGUCAAUACCCACUUUCUAAUAUCCCCACGACAAGAGUCUUAAAAACUGAAACUUAUGGAGCAUUUAGAGAAAAGAUUGCCGAGAUGCAUAAUGUACCAGUUGAAGCUACUCGACUAUGGGUUCUGGUGAAUCGUCAGAAUAAAACAGUGCGACCUGAUGCCCCAAUAAACGAAAAUCACUAUGGUUCAUCGAUGGAAGAAAUUUAUGGAAAGAUGGCUUCAAGGCAAAAUGACUUAAAACUUUACUUGGAAAUAGCAGACAAGCCCACUAAUGGAAAAUAUUUCCCAUCGGAAGGUAACGCUCAUACAAUGGUGUUCCUGAAGUAUUUCGAUCCUGAAUCUCAGUCUUUGGAAGGUCUCGGACAUCUUUACAUCCAAAAAUUUGGUAAAGUUGGAGAUAUUCUUCCAAUUUUAUGCGAAAAAAAAGGGUUUCCAACAAAUACCCCUUUGAAAUUAUAUGAGGAAAUCAAACCGACAAUGAUUGAAGAAAUGAAGACAAAAGCAACUUUUCAGCAAUCUGAAAUUCAGGAUGGUGAUAUCAUUUGCUUUACAAAAGCAUUAACCGAAAAAGAAAUACAAGAUUACCAAGCUGAAGGUCGACUUGCCACCAUUCCUCAAUUCUACGAACAUUUGACAUGUAGAAUUGUUGUUCAGUUCAAACCAAAAUUUAGGGAUCGAGAAUUAAAACCUGAAUUUGAGUUAGUUUUGAACAAAAAAAUGAAUUAUGAUGAGGUUGCUACCUCUGUUGCAGAGCGAUUGAAUACCGAUCCAAUGAAGCUUCGAUUCACAACAGCAACUUCAGGCAAUAGUGGUCCAAAGACAGUCGUGAAACGAACUACAAACCAAACAUUACAAGAAAUGCUACAACCGGGCUAUUUGGUUCCUUCGACCAAUCUGUUAUUUUAUGAAAUGUUGGAUAUUAGUAUAGUGGAGCUUGAGACGAAAAAAUUCUUAAAGGUGGUUUGGCUUGGAAACACUAUAAAGGAAGAGAAUACUAUUGAUAUUCGUCUUCCAAAGAAUGCUCAUGUCAGUGAUGUAAUAGAACUACUAUUGCAGAAGGUUAAAUUAUCGGGGGAGAAUAGGCAAAUACGAUUAUGUGAAGUAGUGAAUCACAAAAUUUCUAAAGAAUUAGCCGAUACCGACCCAAUAGCAAAUAUACCGGAAUACGUAUCAUUAUAUGCUGAAGAGAUACCCGAGGAAGAGAUACAAAGUGGACCUGAAGAUCGUGUCGUACAAGUUUAUCACUUUACCAAAGAACCUUUACGUACCCAUGGGAUCCCCUUUAAAUUUUUAAUCAAAGCGGGUGAACCAUUUUCGGAGACCAAGGAUCGCCUUCAAGCACGUCUUGGUAUGAACGAAAAAGACUUUGCAAAGGUUAAAUUUGCAAUUGUACCAAAUGCAUCAUAUUCAAAACCGCGACCGAUACUAGAAGAAGAAACCUUGUCCGAGCUUACAUGGAAUCCCGAUGACUUUCUAGGACUGGAUCAUGUUGAUAGAAGUGUAAUAAUACCAGUGGAUGCCAAUACACUCACAUUUCCGGAAAUCGAAAACUUAACCAUAAACCAUGAAAGUCAAUACGCCGACGGAACGAUACUACUUCGUCUCACACAAUACUUGAAUCAAACAUGCAACAAGCCUACCGUAACCCUUUUAAUUAUACAGCCGGACGGGAACACGCUGCUCUUUAAUGUCACAUUUCCUUUUCAACCGUGGAAUUUCUGUAAAGAUACAAUUUCUGAAAAUCCGAUGGAGGGACAUACGGAUUAUAUAAAUGUUGAGGCGUUAAUAGACAAUUUUGUGUUUGUCACGUAUUUGGCGAAGGAUGAUAAUAAUACGGAGGAUGUACGGUUGUAUGGAAUGCUCGUAAAGUGGGAUGGAAGCAUUACUUCGUCAAUCGAAUUUAAUAAACGGCAUAUAUACUACUGGAACACUGUACAGAAACACGCUUCCGGACACGAAUUACAAAAGCUUCUUUUACAUUCUGGGCAUGAAUUUAAUCAAGCUUACAUUGUCGGUACCUUUUCAGACAAAAAGGAAACUAAUAAUCCAGAGCUUAUUUCAUCGAAUAUUGGCAACUUUACAGUUGCUCCCGCGACUUUGUUUCCUCUAGUCGAUGGUGGUUAUGGCGCUAUUUACAUAAUAAACGGUGAAGGCGACAGCACGAUAUUAGAUCCAACAAAACUCAGCUAUCGUGUCUAUGUUACGUUCAUUGAUACAGAAGAACAAUUUUCGGACCCCUUUCUUAUAUACCAGUCAGCCAUCCCACUACAAUUCCUAAACUUGAUAGAAUGCAAUGUCGACUUAGUAAAUACAGGUGGUUCAGUGAGCUCCGUGUCAAGGUUUAAUAUUAUAAGGGACCAAAAUAUUACUGGUAAUUCUGAAUAUUAUUCUUUUGAUGCAUUGCCAAGAGGCGGUUAUUUGCAAAGAACGAUAAAACAAUCCUGGCAAGAGGGGAACUUCAACAUUUCCGGAUCUGUGUACUCUAAUGACGGAAAUUUCGUUUCAUUGUGGAAUUUCACUGACCAAAUCAGUAGCCAGUUUACACCAAUAUACGGUAUUUUUCCAAAUAAUACUGUUUGGCAAAUUACCCAACCUGUCAAUAACACUUGGUCAAUUGUUACGACGCAGUUACAGUCGUUUAUUUCGACUCAAAAUGGCUACGAAAAUCCUUUCAUCGAUUCUAUCAACGUAAUCGCAACGAAUAAUAUCUCGAUAACAUUCAACCAAUCAAUUGAACUUUCAACAGGAAACAUUACUAUAUAUCAAACGAACAGCAUCGAUACCACCGAUGCAAACUAUAGUGAUGAUGAUGAUAAUAAUACCGAUAUAUUACGUCAAAAAGUUGCGAUUCAGUCAGGAAAAUCUUCUUCAUUCAUUAGUCUCAACGAUGAUGGAACAACAUUGUAUCUCCAAGUGCUAUCAAGUACAUUUAAUCAUCAAUCGAACAAAUAUUAUAUAGAGAUGACUUCAGGCGCUGUGAAAUUGGCGAAAACUGGGGAGCCAUUGUUUGGUAUUCAGGAAAGGGAAGAAUUUUUGGAUGUCAGUGAUGUGGCACAUAAUAUUUCUUGUGCUGGUGACGAAAGCGUAUCCGGUCUUCUCCGUCUAACAACAGACGGCACCCAAUACUAUGAUUCAUUAGACUCGACAAAGCGGUUCCUUUUCGAUCUAACCUCACAACUCGCAACCAGUAUUCCAAUCGAUAGUUCUCGACUUUCAAUUUCCCCCAAUUUCCAAUAUGAUCCAAAAAACAAUAGCGGAAAUAGAAAAAAAUAUUUAUUUUCGAUCACGAUCUCUUGCAACGACAAUCAGAUCAGUGAUGAUUUAGAUACAUUGGUCAAGAAUAAAGACGUGUCACCGAUUUCAGCGUAUUCUUUGACAAAGUAUUUGGAUCCUGAGUAUGGCUUUGUGAAGUAUGAAUCUCUACCGAAACGAUUGAAAUUCAUAUUUGUUGGUGCGAUUAUUGGUUUCACGUUAUUGAUUUUCCUCUUCAUAUUUGCACAUCGGAUAAAUCCCGGGAUGUGCCGUGGUUAUUUUUACCAAGUCCUAGUCAUACCGUCAGCAAUAAAUGCCACAGUAACUAUUAUAAUUCUAAGUAUCGAAACAAUUGGCAGCCAACUGUUCAGAAAAUGGUUUCGAACAAACACAAAUAUUGCCGUUCUUAUGACCUUUUUUGGUUUGGUGGAUGUCGAAGUCAUGCGAUUACUGUGGUCACAUCUGUUUGGUGCGAAAAUGUUUAAGGCACCUGUUUCUGAUCGAGCUCGUGCUUUUAUAUUUUGGAUUUCGGGUUUGAAAUUAUUGAUUGAGGAUAUUCCGCAACUUGUGUUUCAGGUUUUAUAUUAUGAAAACCAAAGCCUUACAUACAGUUACAAUGUAAUCCCACUAUUGACACUUAUAACGUCGACAAUCGUAGUAACACAUAAUGUACUCGCUAAACUUUACGUUGCCCUAAGCUUUCUUAUUAACCGAGAUUCACACGCAUCUGCACCUGGCAAAAGAAGACAGCAAUCCUCCAAUGAAGGUGACGAAGAUGGCGCUGGAAUACCUCCAACUUCGCCAGAAGAUGAAUUAGAUGCUUCAGGAACAGAACAACAAUUAUUUUUGGAUAAUGCAAGUGAUCUGCCGCCGCCGCCUCCACCUACCAUUGUCACUACUGCUCGUCAGUCGGUUGACGAUGAAGCUACGGUGUUUGGAGCGUCUUCAUUCCCAGAAGCUAGUAGUAGUGUUGCUGGUCAGUCCUUUUAG